AGACAACACAAAACAAGGCACUUUGAAAAUAUUUAUUCAAUAACUCGAGGUAUAAGCUCGACAAUUAUUUAUACAAAACAGCUCAGACUAAAACCAACCGAAGAAAUGUGUACUAAGGACUGCUACAAAGUGUUUGGAUACUUUCUGGGUUUCAUGUGGAUAGUGACGUCCUUCUACUAUACGAUGGAGACCAUUGAACUGUUGAAGCUAAUGCGAUUACAGUGCACCCAAACGAAGAACGAAUCCCUACGAAUCCAAUUCGACAAUGAACUGGUGGAGAACGUGUGCGACUUCUACGGGCAUUUGGAUGACUUCAUACCAUAUCACAUAAUAACAACGCUCAUCAAGAUGGUACCCGGAAUGUUGCUCAUUAUUGGAAUAUUCAAUAACAACAUAACUCUUAUCAAAGUUUUCAUAAUCUAUGCACUUCUGGAGGAAAUAUUCUUUGUGACUGUGUUCUCGAAAAUUUUCACCCUCAUCAACACAGAGGGAAAGAAGAGUUCGUGGAUCUUCUGGAUUUUAGUGUUCUCCUGUGCUAAAUUAAUACUGGGUAUUUGGGUACUGCUUGGAGUGUACGCAGCCAUCAGCAACGGUGGAAGAAUCAUUCACAGAAUAUUGUAACAUGGCGUUCGGAUAUUCGGAAAGCUUUUGUGGCCCAUAAUUUAAAUCUUUGGAAAGACGUUAUAAUAUUUGAUUUAUUUGCAUAUAAAUACAAAUUAACAACUGUUGUGUUAACAAUAUUGCAAAGUUAUUGCGCAUAAGUUUGAUAGGUUAUAUACAUUGCUAAUGAAUUGAUCUAACAUUAUUGUUGAAUAAUAUAUGGUACAGAGGUAUUUACACAGGCAGUGCUACGAUUUUACAUUCUAGUUAUACAAAUUAUACAGUGGUUUCCUAACGUUAUGUUUCGUGUAGGCAAUUCCUGAUUCACUAGAAUUGAAGCUAUGCGGCGAUUCUCAUCUCAAACAAAUUCAUCGAAUAUGUACAUAGUCUAACCGUUCUUUGUCAGUACAUUGCGCUAAAUAAAAAAAAAUCAAGUCUUUUCCGUUU